GGAACCUUCACGUAGAAGCAAAUGGGUCCAUAAAAACCGCCCAAAACGCUCAGAAAAUCCUGCAUCUUAGUAUUACCUUUGUCUCUUAAGUUUCUAAGGCUGAGCUUCAGGUGGUUGUGGUGGUGGUGUUUGUGUGACUGAAAUUUUGUUGCUCGGAGAACAAUGGGACCUGGAGGACCUGGGGGACCUGGAGGACCUGGAGGCCCGGGAUGGGGGCCGGGACCUGGAGGACCGGGCUUCUUCGGCGGCUUUUGUAACGCUAUUGGGUCUUGCUUGAGCAUCCUCUGCUGUUGCUGGUUGUUUCAAGACUGUUUUGGUGGCCCAAUGGGUCCUCCUGGACCUGGGGGACCCCCACCCCCAUGAGCAGCCUGUUUUUUGCUUCCGUAGCACAGAGUUUUCUCUGACUAUCUAGAUCUACGUUUCAUCUUCAGUUGAUAUAUGUAAUAAAAAUCAUAACUUGUAUUUUAUAUUUGCCUAUGUUGUUUUGUAGUUUGACCUGAAUUGGAUGCAAUAAAUUGGUUACUACUAUUUCUCUCCCAAUAGUAGGAGCCACAAAUUGUUACAGUCUGCAUUAAGUCAGACUAUAAAACACUUUCUGUUUACAUUUAUAUCCAUUUGAUAUAUGAG